AUGGCUGUUAGUUUUAUUUAUGAUUUGACACCUAGUGUCAGUCAUAAAGAUGUUAAGCCUGAGAAUAUACUUGUCAAUGAAGCUUUUGAGGUAAAAUUAAUUGAUUUUGGGCUAAGUCGAUUCGAAGGACUACAUUCGGAGCUAAAUUCAAUUGUAGGCUCGCACCCGAAAGGUACGACUUUGUACUUAUCACCCAAGAUCGUUGUUGAUAAGCAGUCUUAUUCAGUAAAAUCUGAUGUAUGGGCACUGGGCUGUGUGAUUGUUGAGAUCUUCUCAGAAAAAUCAAUCUGGACUGUAUCAAACAAUGAUAUGAUGUGUGGUCUGUUCAAUACAUUAAGAGCAAUAAUGAUUCAAAACAAAAAACUCGAUAUGAGUUAUAUAACCAAGGAUUAA